CAAUCAUGCAAAAUUGCAAAGAAGUCAAGUAAAAGUAAGCUCUUCAACCGUUUUGAUUUUGAUUACUUCUUCCCAUAUAUAAAUAUAGCCAUUACACUCUGCAUCAACCCACAAAAGAGGAAGCAGCGAUCAUUCAUGGCUUCCCUUGCACCUCACAGAGUUGCUGCUGCUGCUGCUGUCCUUCUGAUUUUCUGCAUCGGGUUUUUUUUAGCCAUGGAAGGUGGGGAAGCAGCCAGAGCAGCUAGAAUUUGCCCUAUGUACUGCUUGGAUGUGGCGUACAUGACUUGCAAUAACUCGUCGUCGUCGUCGAGUAACAACAGUACUGAUGAACAUCUAAGGCCAGCCUGCAACUGUUGCUUGGCACCUAAGAACUGCACCCUGCACCUAGCUAAUGGCAGUUCCAUGAAUUGUCUUCAUCAUUAAUGGAAAAACCCCCAACUCCAUAGUUCUUGACUUCUUGUCUUUGCCGUCGUCAGCCAUUAAUCAGCCGGCCAGCAAAAUUGCAGUUGGGAUGAUUCUAUGGGUUAUGAAUAAAUGUUACAUAGAAAUCAUUGACCAUUGUGUAACACAAAUGACAUAUGCUGAAGGUGUAUAAUUUAUGGUUCCAGGGUAUUUAGAGUGUUGCGGUUACUUAAACUGUAUUAGUAUUGGGCCUUGUCCGAGUUGUAGUAGGUAUGGAUACUUGGCCGCACUCGACUCUUCUCGUUAGGGUUUUAACCCUAGUCUAUCUCUAUAUAAGACUUAGCUACGAACCUGUCGUAAGCAAGCCGUCAAAAUGUAAACCUAAUCAGAAAUCAGUCGUAAGCUCUUUCGAGCUCACCGUGGACUAGUCAUGUUCGAC